CCUUUCCAUCUCUCCACUAUCAUCGACUGCCCGUCAUGCUGCUGAGAUCACUACCCUUGGCGCUUUGCACGCUGGUAUUUGCCCUCUUGCACUCGUCAUCAGCCUCAGCCGCAUCAUUCCCAGCUCGCUACACCCUCGAGCAUCGUCUUGACUCCACAUCGGAAUGGACAACGAGGGGUCAGGUUACGUUGCUUAAUUCGACGGCAGGAUCGUUCGAGCAGGUGCAGAGAGCAUCAGAUCUGCUAGGAGAUGUCAAGCAAAGCGAUGCUGAGGGCAGAUACCUGAUGAGGCUCGUCGGAGGAGAUGGAAAGGGAAGCCAGGUGGUUGCAACGAAGAAGUGUCUCAUCACCGCACUCAUCCCCGGCUCAUGGUCACACGACGUUCUCACCCUCGUCCUCCCUUCACACCCUUCGUCGACCCCACUGAUGAGCUACAGCGUUGUGGGCCUACCACCCCUCAACCCCUCAAACGGAUGCCCACGUCAGCCCAUCCCGCGCAAGGGAGGCAGCCUGAUCAAUCGAGACACGCAGCUCAAGAUCCAGGUUGAGGAGCAGGAGACGGCCGCUGAGCCUGUGCUGCGUACUCCACCUAGGCCUAGGGCUGAUGGGCAGGUGGGAGGGGAGACGCCGCCCCCGCAGAAGAGCUUUAUUCAAAAGUACUGGUUCUACAUCGUUCCCAUCCUCGUUCUCCUAGCCAUGCCGUCUGAGCCACCGGCGAGCGCUUCUGGUGAAGGAGGAGGAGACGCUGGGUCUGCUGGACCUGGGGCGAGGCGAAUUCGAUGAGGCGUCUAGGGCUGUCAUAGAAGAGAGAUGUGAAGAAGUUGCAAUGCGCAAAUGAUAUCGCCGAGG